AUGGAAGCGAUGUUGGAGGCGGCGCUGGCCGACGUGCCGGCGACGCACGUCGUGGGCGUCCUCUGCGCGGGCCUCCUUGUCGUGGCGACGACGCUGACGUGGCUCGUUGUGCUGCGUCCGCACGACCCCAACCCGCCUGGCUGCAGCACGCACACGCUCUUGGACGACCUCGAUUCGCUCCAGCACCGCUGCUCGCUGCGCGAAAUCGACCGCGAGAUCGACGCCGUGCGCAAGGCCACGAGCGUGCAUCGACUGGACCAUGCCGACGCGGUUCCGGCGGCCGAUCUCGAUGGCGACGGCGCGUGCGAAGUCAAGGCCAUCCUCGAGCUUGUGCGGCGUGAGGGCCCGAACGCGACCGCGCUACGCCAACCCCUCGCCACCAUCGACGAGCUCCUACGCUACUUCAAAUCGCCCGACACGCGCGACGUGAGCAAGACGUCGGUCGUCUGCAAGGUGCUCCUCAAGCACGACGCCCUCGGCGUCCUCCGCGAUUUGGCGGCCACGACCAGCGACCAUGAGAUCCAAGCACUGGCUCAAGGCAUCGUCGAGUCGGCGGUCGCGUCCAUUUGGAGCUAG